CGGUUUCGCUCCGUUCCGGUGUGCAUCCCGGCGGCGGCGGCGGCGGCUGCCAUGGUGGAGGGCGCGGCGGAGCUGGAGCUGUUCCGGCGCCGGUGGCGGUCGGAGCUCGCUCGGGGUCGGAGGAGUCCCGCGGGCGGAGGAGGCCCGGGCAGGAGCCGGAAGAGGCCGCGGCAGGAGGCAGAGGAACCCGCGGAGCCCGUGCGGGGCUGGGGGGGCUUCGGGGGGAUCCCCCGCUGGGGAGGAGGGCGGCGGCAGGAGGAGCAGCCGCUGCCUCCGGCUCAGGGGCGCCCCCGCAGCAGCAGCAGCAGCAGCCCCGCCGCGCCUGCCCAAGGCCCCCCCGCCGCCGCCGCCGAGACCGCCGGGGAUGGAGGAGGAGGAGGGAAGGAGGACCUUCUGGGGCAGCUCAUCCGGGACUUGAAUGAAAUAAACGAAGUUCCCUUCUUUGACGUUCAGCUGCCUUACGAACUGGCACUGAAGAUAUUUCAGUUCCUUGGCAGAACAGAGCUGGGGAGAUGUGCUCAGGUGAGCAGAACCUGGAAGGUACUUGCAGAAGAUCAAGUCCUUUGGUUCCGGCUGUGCCAGCAGGAAGGUUACCUGCCUGACAGCCAGAUCUCUGACUCUCCCUCCUGGAAAGGGACGCUUCGAGACUGCCGGCAGAAGGAGCAGGCUUUAAGGACCAAUUGGAAGAAUCGCAUAGGUGCUGUGAGCCAGCUGCAGUACGAACUGGGGAAAGUCCUGUGUGAUGUGCAUUCCUGCGACGGAGUGGUCGUGGCUGGAUACACGUCGGGGGAUGUGAAGCUGUGGGAUACGCGCACCUGGGACCACACCGCCCCUGUCCUGGAACUGGAGCCCGGCGCGGCGGAGCCUGGAGCCCAGCCACAGGCCUCCUUUGUGAGAAUAAACAGCUCGCUGGCCGCCGCGGCUUACGAGGAUGGGACAGUGAAGGUGUGGAGCCUGCUGGUUGGCCGUGAGCCCAUCCACUGCUUCCAGCACAACCAGAAGAUACAAGCGGUGGCCCUUUCCGCCGAAGGAGCGAUGGUAGCAACCGCGUCCGCCUUCCAGGUCAAAAUGGAGGGUGCAAAUGACAAGGGAUACUGGGAGACGGUGGCCACGUUUGAAAUCCAGAAGCUGGUCAACGCCCUCUGCCUGGUCCCCCGGCCCAUGGGCUGUCCCAUGGCAGUAGCGACUGCCGAAGAAACGGUUUACCUUCUGAAGGCAGGCGAGCCAGAAAAGGUCCUGCACUCCGUCUACGGCCAGCCGGUCACGUGCCUGGAUGUCUCGGCCAGCGAGGCAGCGUUUGGCGUGAAAGGUUUUGGCUGGUUGAUCAACGAGACCAACAAGGUCCUCCUCUAUGGCUUAGAGACGGGCCAGUGCAUGGCGCAGUUGGGCAGCUCCUUGGGCGACUUCACCUGCGUCAACCUCCGGGACAGCCCGCCCUGCCUCUUGGUGGCUGGAAACAAAGACCGGAGAGUCAGAGUCUUUGAUCUCCGCAGCAGCAGCAGCAGCAGCAAACCCAUCUGCUCCUUCUAUGGCCACCAGCUGGGCGUAUCUGCCGUGCAGAUGGACGACUGGAAGGUCGUCAGCGGAGGAGAGGAGGGGCUCGUCUGCGUGUGGGACCAGCGGAUGGGCACCAAGCUCUGGGAAAUGCACGCCAGGCACCCAGUCCGCCACGUCUGGUUCAACUCUCACAGCCUCAUCACCGCCAACGUCCCCGAUGAAAAGGUACCCCGAGGCGCCAGCAUCAUGGACGAUGACUUGACAGCCCACCGCAGGCACCGCGGAAUCAUCUACGCCUACGAGUUCUCUGUGGACCAGCUGAUGGCGGAGAGCGUCCUUCCAAUUUGCCGCUCCUCUUAUAACGAAGCGAUGGGCUACAGCUACAACAUCGGCCUCGCCGUCCCGUAUGACGACCUCUAGGUCGCCUGGCGUGGAUCGGUGUGGCUCAGAAAGGACGUCCCGCCGUCUGAGGGAGGGUCGGGCUGCUGGCCAGAGGGAGGGAAGGACCCUCAAAUGUGUUCUGUGGGGCAGAGGAGGAAGCAGCAGCAGCUGGUAGGCAUUGGUGGUCUACCACGGCCUGGUAUGGCCUAGCGGGAAUAGAGAAGAAGGGCUGGCCCAGGGCAGGAGAAAGGAGGGCAGCUGCAGCGGGAGCCCCAAUGCCCGGAAGGAAGAGCUCCCUGACAGACUUCCCCUGGCCAGGGAAGCUUUUUUCCAUGUGUAGAAUGGCAUGGGCGUAAACGCCACACCAGAUAGAUCAGGGCUGGCCGAACUGGGCCCUCCCGCUGUGGUUGAACCACAACUCCCAUCAUCUCCCGCUGCAAGCAAUUGUGGCUUGGGAUGAUGGCCGUUGUAGUCCAGCAGCGGCUGGAGGCCCAAGUCCCCUGAGAGAGAGGGAAGAGUGGGGAAAUAGGGCCCGAGGGUUCCAUCUUUCACCGAGGCGCUUCCAGCGUGAGUCUGGUGUGCAGCCCCAUGAAAUCGCAGAGGUAACACACGUACAUGCGUGCGUGGGGUGGGGGGGGGAUACUUUCAUUCUAGACAUGUUUACAUGUUUUGUAAAGAGAAUCUCUUUCAUUAAAGGGUUGGCCACACUCUGCAGGCCGCUGCCUGCGAGGCUUGCUGUGGCUGACGGAGAAAGCGGCGCUUCGUGUGUCUUCUGUUGAAACCUAAACCAAGUAGCUUUACUGGUUGAAGGGCAGGGAGAGCUGCCUCUGAAAGCCGGGUGUCACAGUCAGGAUCCUUGGCUGGUGGGUGGUGGUCACAGGAGGGAGAGGCUGGAUCGUUCUGCUCUCGCAGUCAUGGGUGUGCCCGCCGUCACGGAGAGGGCUCUCCCCCCUGUGGCUGAAUGUGUGAGGCAGACUUAAGUCUGAAGCCACCUUCGAGGAAGGUGGCCCAUCUGUUCGCCUUGGUAAACUACCCGCUGUUGGUCAACGGGAGCAAUGAAUAGGACACGGACGAAAAACAAAGCCUGCUUUAUUGACGGCUUGCAACACCCUACUGCCGGCAAAUAGAGAAAAUGUGUCACCCUAGGCCGAACAGCCCCACUGAACCGACGCUGCACCACCCAGUUCCCUCGCUACCCGUAUCGGCCCCCUGCCCUUGUGAUCCAGGCGGCUCCUCCAGAAGGCACCAGCGUUUCGCCCCCCGCGGCUCCGGAGUCAGUAGCAAAUCGCGAUUGGCUCCAUGGUGAGGAAGCGGACGUGCAUCUUGGUCUCGAUGUCUAUUCCGUCCCAUAUCUGCCGGUGACAGAGACAAGAGCGAGUCGAAGGAGUUGGUUGUGGCUGUGAUCCGGGCAGCUUAAAGCUGCGCCUAACCUUAAUCCGUGUGCAAGAAAAUCCUUUCGGGUGGGGCUGCCUAGCUUCAGCCCACCGGCUAUUUUACUAAAACUCCCAUCAUCCCUGGCUGUUGGCCACUGUGGCUGGGGGAAAUGGGAAUUGUAGUCCAACAGCAGCUGGGAGGCUGGAGUUCUGCAGCCCUGCAGCCCUGCAUAAGUGGGAUGGAGGUAAGCUGCACAUUUCGGCAGGUGCUGAAUGUAUGUUUACUGUAUGUUUUUAAUUUUUGUAAACCACCUUGGGGUUUUCUUUUAACAAAAGGUGGUAUAAAAAUGUAAAAAUAAAUAAAUAGAGAAAUAAAUGCCACCUACGA